ACUCGCUCUGCUCUGCUCUGCACUUCAUCUACGUUGCAUCCACGGUCUAACCAGCCCAUCAGCCAUAUCCUUGCAAUAUUGCUGUCAUGGCGCAGAUGACGCAGAUGACGCAAAUGCCGCUUGUGCUUGUGCUUGUGCUUGUGCGUAUGUUCAUACGGCCAGAGCAAGCUUUUCGCUUUUUUAUUACGCUUUAUGAUCAUUUCCUUUAUGGUGAUCGCCCUCUUUUGUUCUAAAAUUAGAAUCAAGCGAGCUGAGCAAAACAAACAUUCUGUGAUUGGGGUGAUCUUGAUUUGGGUACAUGGAGAAAAUAUGUGGGGAAAAGGAAAGGCUGACACAGAAAACACCUGCACGUGAUAUGCAGCUCAAUUCUCGGCUUGUCCAAUUUGAGCUUGGUGUUUCGAAUUCGAAAUGUAAAGGCCAGCAAGCCAUCAUCACCAUCAUCGCCUGCCCGCCCGCUCACUUCACUCGCUGGUCACUCAGACAGCUUGUCGAGAAUGUAUUCAAGCCUGUGAGAAUAAGUAAGGCGUUAACACCACUGGCAUAUCGAAAAUAUGCGGGGAAAAAGGAAUUGGCUUCUGAGAUGCAUCCCCGGUUCUGCACCGUUUGGGCUCUUGCUCGUUUGAUUAGAGGCAAUAGACAGGCCAAAUUCCGAGCAUAUUUGUCCCAAUCGUCUUUUGUCCUUUUUUGCGUGAACCGGGCAGGAAUCCCCAAUCCAUCGCCGAAGCAGUUGAAGACGAUGCGCAUGUUUAGGCUUGCUGCAAUUAUCUCUGUCCCAAAGGCACCUCUUGCCCACGGGCUCUGUUUCUUCCGCUGGGUGGGCUGCAUCAUUCACAAAGAGGUCACGCCAGUUGCAGCUUGUGCCAUGCUAUCAAGAAUGGGGGCAGCAUUAAUAGACGUUGAUUUGCGCGCAUGGUCAGGCAGCGAAGAGGGGACAAGGAGAGAUAAAUGAAAGAAGAGCGAAUGGAAGAAAUAGUGGUUCCGCCUAGUUAUUAAAUGUAAUAGGAAAAAAGACAGCUUGG